AUUAGUGUGAUCUGCACAGUGAGCUCCAACCAGAGCCAUGGGGAGUACCCAGAGUGCAGGAGCGAGCGUGAGCCUGUGGGGGAGCCCUCUCUGCUGGUGUCUCCUCUGGUGGUGGCGGGCAUCGUCAUAGGCCUGGUGCUCUUCCUCUCCUGCAUCACCAUCAUCGUGGGAAGCCUGCGCAAGGACAGCCGCCUGCGCAACCCCCACCUCAGGGCCAGCUAUGGUCAGGAUGGCUUCUCGUACGGGGGCUCGGUGGGGGAGCUGAGGUCCACCUGUCUAGAGGAGUUUCCCCCUGGGUUGGACUUCCACUCGUACGGAGAAGGUCUGGACCAGAUCACAGGCCUGUACCCAGACUCUCCUCCACGUUACGAAGAGUGCGUGGGCCCGGGCGCGACCGAGAUCUACAUCCCCACAGACGACCCGCCCCCUUACUCCCUAUUGGACCCAUGUCAGCAAGAGGCGGGGCCAGGGGAGGAGCCUAGCCACACCCACCACAGCACCAGCACAGACAGCUCAGCCAGCACUUCCUGGUUCUCCCCCGCCCCCCACUGCCUCUCGGGACAGCACGUCACCUCCAUCUCCUACCCCAUGGAGGAGGCCCCGCCCUACGAGUCCGUGCUGAUGGACUCGGGUCAGCCCCUCCCCCUCAUGCCAUGUGACCUUUACAAACACCAAUCAGAGGCCAGAGGGGAGGGCGGGGACGCACAGCUUGCAGAGGCGAGUCAAAUCCGGUAG